AGAGGGACAGCCGGACAUACUUCUGCUGCUGUCAGAGAAAUAUCAACAAAGCCGGUGGUUUUCGUUCUGUGGAUUUAACUUUUACACCUACAAGUAUAAAUUAGGAGAGAUUCUUCCAAGUGACUCCCUGGAGGUGCCAAAGAACCCGCCAUGUCAGUGACUGUUCAUGAGAAUCGUAAAUCCCGCACCAGCACGGGCUCCAUGAACAUCUCACUCUUCCACAAGCCUUCACAUCCCGAUAGUGUCCUGACCCACCUGAACACAAUGAGGAAACAGUGCAUGUUCACUGAUGUCACUCUAUGGGCCGGAGAUCGGUCCUUCCCAUGCCACAGGGCUGUCUUAGCAGCGUGCAGUUGUUAUUUUGAGGCCAUGUUCAGCGGAGGGCUACGAGAAAGUCUGGAUAGUGACGUCAAUUUCAGAGACAGUAUACACCCUGAGGUCUUGGAGCUUCUGCUGGACUUUGCCUAUUCUUCUCGAGUCAUCAUUAAUGAGGAGAAUGCGGAGUCAUUGUUAGAGGCAGGGGACAUGUUGCAGUUUCAUGACAUCCGUGAUGCAGCCGCAGAGUUUUUAGAAAAAAACCUGCACUCCUCCAACUGCCUGGGGAUGAUGGUCUUAUCAGAUGCUCAUCAGUGUAAAAGACUGUACGAGCUGUCGUGGAGGAUGUGUCUGUUACACUAUGAGACGGUAAGAGAAUCAGAGGAUUUCUAUAGUCUGUCUAAAGAUAAACUGCUGGAGCUGAUUCUUAGCGAUGAGCUGGAGAUAGAGGAUGAACAGAUUGUGUUUAACUCUGUUAUGCGGUGGGUUCGAUACGACGUGGAGGGUCGGCGUCACCAUUUCCCAGAGUUGCUGAGGGGCAUCAGGUUGGCUCUGCUGCCAUCUGAAUGUCUGCAAGAGGCUGUAGCCUGUGAAGAGCUGGUAAUGGCUGACAAGAGGAGCAGGUCAAUUGUAGAAGAGGCAAUGCAGUGUAAGAAGAAAAUCCUUCAGAACGACGGAGUAGUGACUAGUCCCUGCGCUCGACCACGUAAGGCCGGACACACCCUGCUUAUACUGGGAGGCCAGACCUUCAUGUGUGACAAGAUAUACCAGGUUAACUAUAAAGCCAAGGAGAUAAUACCUAAGGCAGACCUUCCCAGCCCCAGAAAGGAGCUCAGUGCUUGUGCCAUCGGCUGUAAGGUUUAUGUGACAGGAGGAAGAGGAUCGGAGAACGGUGUGUCUAAAGACGUCUGGAUCUAUGACACUGUCCAUGAAGAGUGGUCAAAAGGAGCACCCAUGCUAAUUGCCAGGUUUGGCCAUGGUUCAGCGGAGCUGGAGAAUAGUCUUUAUGUUGUUGGAGGUCAUACAGCCAUAGCUGGAGUUUUUCCUGCCUCUCCAUCUGUCUCCCUGAAACAGGUCGAACGGUAUGACCCACUCAGUAAUAAAUGGACGAUGAUGGCUCCUCUACGAGAUGGAGUGAGUAAUGCAGCCGUGGUCAGUGCCAAACUCAAACUCUUUGUUUUUGGAGGGACCACCAUACACAGAGACAAGGCCUCCAAGGUCCAGUGCUACAACCCUGUGGGUAACCGCUGGAAUAUUCCUGCUGAAUGCCCCCAACCUUGGCGCUACACAGCGGCUGCUGUCUUGGGGAGCCAGAUCUUUAUCAUGGGUGGUGACACAGAAUUUACAGCUGCCUCCGCUUAUCGCUUUGACUGUGAAACCAAUCAGUGGACUCGAGUGGGUGACAUGACAUCCAAACGGAUGAGCUGCCAUGCCUUGGCCUCAGGAAAUAAGCUGUAUGUGGUUGGAGGUUACUUUGGGACGCAGCGGUGUAAAACGUUGGACUGCUAUGACCCCACAUCAGAUAGCUGGAAUUCCAUCACUACUGUGCCUUAUUCACUGAUCCCCACCGCCUUUGUCAGCACAUGGAAACACCUACCUGCCUAAGUGGGAGACACCAGCAUUUCCAGGUGUUGAUGUCAAAUGAGAAAUGACAGCUGGCUGGAGGAGAAUCUCUGAGACUCCACUCUGCUGGCUGAGGCUGGAGCGCCACACAGGACCAAUCCUUACAAAACAAGUCGUAACUCACAGACUCUGAAUCAGUCCUGAGCAGCGUGGUUACCAAGCCAACUGCACAACACCCAGGUCUUAUUACAAAGACAGAAUUACUCUCCAUCUGAUGCUUCCUAAUGAAUGUAAUACUACUCAAACAGAACCUGAUGGACUGAUGCUUUUUUGACUGACACACAAACCUAUUGUUUCUGUAAUGAAAUUCGCUACUAAAACAUUCCAGUGUAAAGACAUACACUCUUAUUGCUGCCAGGUGGCAAUAUUUACAUACUUCAAUAUUAAUGGAGGGAUUGAGUGUAAGACAAUUAGGUUAGUUUGUUUAAUCUGCUGUAUCUUUAUCAUCUACAUUGAGAAAAGCUCAUUUUCUAUGGGUUUAUAUAUUGUUAUGUUAAAGCUAAACAUCAGUUCAGCUGAGGAAUUCACUUCUUCGUUACCUUCUAAAAGUCAAACCAGUCCUUCAGCAUGUCAUUCACCAAAGGUGAAUCAUGAAUAUGGCUAAGUAAGUUGCUGUAGGACAAAGAAAACUUUGCGGAGAUUUUCCCCGGGCCAAAUCUCUUAGAUGCUGGAGUUACAGGGCGCAAAAGCAAGCGAGAAGUGUAGAGAGUAAGUGUAAGAGAGUUAACAAAGAGCUCUGCUGUGUGUUUUGUUUGUUGCUCUCCUUGGGGCGUGUCUCCCAGGAGGAGGGCAUGGUCCCUCUGAGGUUUCUGUUUUAACUUUAAUAAAGUCUUAAAGAUUA